UGUCAGAGCUUACACAGCAGUGAGGUGUGUUGCUCUCUGAUGAGAACGAAGCUGGCUGGAGCACUGGGAGUCUGGCUCUGACUGCUUUCACAAGCCAGGGGCAUCGUUGUGCACUGAAGUUUCAGAAAGAAUGUUUCAGACAUUUAAAGAAUGGUUUUGGUUGGAAAGAUUCUGGCUUCCUCCGACAAUAAAAUGGUCAGAUCUUGAAGAUCACGAUGGACUCAUCUUUGUGAAGCCCUCUCAUUUAUAUAUGACCAUUCCAUAUGCUUUUGUCUUGAUAAUUAUCAGACAUUUUUUUCAAAAGUUUAUUGCUUCACCUCUAGCAAAAACAUUUGGCAUUAAAGAGGAAGUUCAAAAGAAGAUUAUACCAAAUGCUGUUUUAGAGAAUUUUUUCAAACAUUCCACAAGGAAACCAUCUCAAACUGAUAUUUAUGGACUGGCAAAGAAGUGUAACUUGACAGAGCGCCAGGUUGAAAGAUGGUUUAGAAGUCGGCAGAAUCAAGAUAGGCCUUGCAAGAUGAAGAAGUUCCAGGAAUCUUGCUGGCGAUUUACAUUUUACCUAAUUAUUACCAUUGCUGGAAUUGCAUUUCUUUAUGAUAAACCUUGGGUCUAUGACCUGUGGGAAGUUUGGAAUGGCUAUCCCAGACAGCCCUUGCUGCCAUCCCAAUACUGGUACUACAUUUUGGAGAUGAGUUUUUAUUGGUCUCUCUUAUUUAGCCUUGGCUCUGAUAUCAAGAGGAAGGAUUUUCUAGCGACUGUCAUCCACCACCUGGCUGCUGUCAGUUUGAUGAGCUUCUCUUGGUGUGCUAAUUAUAUUCGCAGUGGGACCCUCGUGAUGAUUGUACAUGAUGUGGCCGAUAUUUGGCUAGAGUCUGCUAAGAUGUUUUCUUAUGCCGGAUGGAAGCAAACCUGUAACGCCCUGUUUUUCAUCUUCUCCGCCGUGUUUUUGAUCAGUCGCCUCAUUAUUUUUCCCUUCUGGAUUUUAUAUUGCACGCUGAUUCUGCCUCUGCACUACCUUCAACCUUUCUUUUCAUACAUCUUCCUCAACCUGCAGCUCAUGGUCCUGCAAGUUCUUAAUCUUUACUGGAGUUACUUAAUCCUGAAGAUGCUCAAAAGAAGUAUAUUCACGAAGAGCAUCCGGGAUGUGAGAAGUGAUACUGAGAGUGAGCAUGAAGAGGAAGAAGAGGAGGAAGAGGAGAAGGAAGAAGCCAUGGAAGGCAAAGAGACAGACCGUUUGAAGAACAGCCUUGGGGCCAACAGGCACCUCAUCCCCAAUGGUCAGCAUGGCCGUUAGCUUGAAGCCCACGUAGCUCCCAGUGCACAGCACACCGUGAGGGCUGCUGGGAGCGGGACAUGCUCCCUCCUCCACUGUUGUGGCCUCAGGACCCAGAGGGACCACAGAUUUUGCCCUUCCUUCUUUAUCACCACCUUCCCCUCUCCUAAGAUGUAUUUAACAAAAUGUUAUUUUUGUGUCAAAAUGUUGACUAUAAGCAUACAAGUGGAUUUUACUGGAGUUAGGACUCAGGCUUCAAAGAUUUCUCCAGAGAACCUUUCUAGUUCUAAUUGUGCCCAUUCAUGCAUUUGAGACACUUGGAGCCAACUUGGUUGUGGGCCUUCCCCUUGCUACCUUGCCUGUGUUUAUGAUGAUUUGAGAAGUGCUAAGGCAACCCACCUUUUCCAGGUAUGUUUGGCCACAGAAAUAACUCACUUCCCAAAAGUGAGCUAGAGUUACCAAAGAAACAGUGGUGGCAGGACCAAACUAAGGGGCCAGGCUUCAGGGCUCACAAGCUCUCUUCUGCUGUGGAAAGUAUUUAAGCCUUCCAUGCUGUGUGCUGCGUCUCUCCAAUGGGAAGACCCAGACGUGCCCUUUCCCCUCACAGGGAUGGAGUAAGGAUCAAAUGAGAUAAUAAUGGGCAUGAGAGUGCAUACUGUAGGCUGUGGUGUUCCUAUUACUGGACCCUCUCUCCACCGUGACCUCAGCGUUGACCCUCUCUCCACCCUGACCCCAGCCCUGACCCUCUCUCCACUCUGACCCCAGCCCUGACCCUCUCUCCACUCUGACCCCAGCCUUGGCCCUCCUUUCACUGUGAUCCCAGCCCUGUUUGGGAGAGCAGCCUGGUGAAACUUGACACUGAAUGGGCCUGAACAAAAGGCAUAGUCUUGAAGAAUUCCUUUUAAAUGUGUCUGGAGACACCUAGAAAUGCAAGUACCCAGAAAGCUGUUUCCACUUUAUUUGGUCACCCGUUUUUUAUUUCCCCAAAGGUAAUUCUCACGUCCCCCAGGUUCUCGUUCCUCAGACUCCAUGGCCAAGAGAACGGAGUUUGGGCCCCACUCCUUGUGUUUUGCUGGUUUCUCGUUUCCUCUCUGAGAGGGAUGCAUCCCUGUUGUGUUCUGAGCCACCCCCUCAUCCAACAGAGCUGCCCAGCAGGCCAUGGGGUCCAUCAGGGCACUGGACCCAGGUCAGGCUGCUCCCCGAGUCACCAACACUCAAGAAGCCCAGCAUCUGGGGUGCAGCAUGCACCUGAGCUCCUGAGUGAAGGAAGUCUUGGAAACAGAUGGUGAUGCUGCACUAUAAAUCUCUGCAAUCCAAGCCAACCAGAGUGCAAAGCAGUAACGCAGAACAAGAGAAAGUCUGGAGAAUGCCCCCGAGUCAGCGUCACCUCCUGGGCCACCUACCUCUUUGGAAGGAUAGGUAGGGGCUGGUAGGUUAGUAGCCACCUCUCAGCCCCCACAGGGGUGCUUCUCCUAAGGCUCACAUGCAGGCACCUCAGGCAUUCUCAGGUGGCUGACUGAGGAGAGGCAGAACCUUACAGGGGAAGAGCUGAGCAGAAUAUGCAACUUUUCCGCACCCAGUCUCUCAUAUUUUUUGGUCACAUUUUGCAUCUUCACCCUGUUUUGCUGAGGGUCCAUAUUACAAAGCCAAGUAAGUGGAAGCUGAGACCAUGGGAACUAGUAAAGCCCACACAGGCUCCACCAAUGGGGGCCACAGCCCCUGCAGCACAAAUGACACUGUAUAUGGUAAAGGUGUUGGCAGUUUUUUUUUUUUUUUUUCCAGUAAAAGUAUUUUUUUUUAACCUUCAGAAUUCUUUCCCAACAAAAUUUCUUUUUGAGGAAUUGUUAGAACAACAGAAAAAAUAUGUCGGGUUUCUCUGUAUAAUAUCUGCUUUUAUGAGUACAAUAACACUAUAUGUAUAACAUAUAUUAUAAAUCUCAAAUGCCUCCAGUUACAGCUGUUCAAGCAUAGCUGUUGAAUUAUUAUUAUGAUUUUUUUUUUGGUGAAAGGUCACACUAAGAUAUUAUUUUUAUUUUCCAGUUAACAAAAACAUUUUCCUUGAUUUAUUUUGGUCUCUGUACCAAAUAUCUUCUUGCUUGAAGUAAAAAAGUGUUUAGUUGUUGCAUUAUCCUCCAGUUCUUUUUUUUCUUAUUUGAACAUCGAAAGUAAAAUUGAUAAGCAAACUCCAACUGCCUAUGGAAAGCUGGAAGCACCAACCUACCUCUGAAGAGGUAGAGAUUCAUGUUUUGUAACAUCUUUUAGGGCUUUUGUGGUUAAUUUUAAGGCUGACCUCUCUUUUUACAGGAAACAAAAGCUCAUACUAUACACCGAAUGGCUUUAUAAAAAUGUAGUCCACCGUGCCACCAGUAUUAUUGUAAUGGUAAUAAUUUACAAUAAAACAAAGACA